GUGACCUCCGCUUGCGGAAGGAAGCGGGCCUUGGAGCCGGGAAGAUGGCGGCGGCGAAGCGGCAGCGUGGAGCCGGGAAGGGAAGCGCCGCGGGGCCGAAGAAGAAGCGGGCCAAGAAAGCGCCGGAAGGAAAGGACGACCCGGGGAACGGGCCGUCCUCAGGAGCUGACGCGGGCCGGGAUGAGCACUUCAUCCCUCCGCCGGUGUCGCAGGGCAAAUGGAUAAACAAAGAAAGGGUGCUCAUUUUCUCUUCUAGAGGCAUAAAUUUUAGAACACGACAUCUAAUGAAAGACUUGCGAACACUGAUGCCCCAUUCUAAAGCAGGUACGUGCCUCAUCUGUUACCUGCAGGUCUGUGAAAUGAAAAAUUGCAAUAAAUGCAUAUAUUUUGAAGCAAAGAAGAAGCAGGAUCUUUAUAUAUGGUUUUCAAACGUACCUCAAGGACCGUCAGCUAAAUUUUUAGUACAGAAUAUUCACACACUGGCUGAGCUGAAGAUGACAGGGAACUGUUUGAGAGGCUCCCGACCACUCCUGUCUUUUGAUGCGGCUUUUGACCAGGAGCCCCACUAUGCUUUGCUGAAGGAGCUGUUUAUUCAGAUUUUUAGUACACCACAGUAUCAUCCAAAAAGCCAGCCUUUCGUAGAUCAUGUCUUCACAUUCUCCAUAACAGACAAGAGGAUUUGGUUUCGGAAUUACCAGAUUGUAGAAGAUGAUGCAGCCCUGGUAGAAAUUGGGCCUCGCUUGGUCUUCAACCUUAUUAAGAUCUUCCAAGGCAGCUUUGGAGGACCAACCCUUUAUGAAAAUCCUCAUUACCAGUCGCCAAAUAUGCACCGGCGGGCAAUAAGACUGGCCACAGCUGCCAAAUUCAAAGAAAAGCAGCAAAUGAAGGAGCUUCAGAAAAUAAGGAAAAAGGAAGAGAAGGCGCUGAUUCCUGAAGAUCCCACAGAACAAGUUUUUGAAAUACCAGCUGAAGAAAAGCCAGUGGAUAUAGAGUUAGUAAAGCCGGAGCCAAAAAUUAACUUGAAAAAGAAAAAGAAGCUACAUCAGCGAGAGAGGAAAUUAAAAAAGAAACUUGGUGGAAUUAGAGCAUAGAAUAAUGAAGGGGCGGGGGAAAUUAACUGGGACUCCGUUGUGUGGACAUUUAAUUGAUUUUUAUUAUGCUUCUUGGUAAUUUGUGUACAAUAACUUUUGAAACUGUUUUUAUCACUUAUGGGGUACUUGUGCAUUUUUAAAAUAAAAUUUCUGUUGGGGCCCUUUAUUAAGCA